UAGCUAAAACUAAAACGUCUUGCAUGGUGUUUUUGGAAAAAAACCACUCUCUCUCCCUAGCCUAGCUACUUUCUUCCUUUGGCUUCCUUCAGAGUCUUUUUCUUUCUCUCUCUCUUUCUCUCUCUUUCACUCAUUCAAAGAUUAAAAUAAAUAAACAAAUAAAUAAAAAAGCUAUAAAUGGUGUAGAGAGAAGUAGAAGUAGGGUAUAAAAAAAAAAAAUUGGCUUUCUUUGGGGGUUAGAAAAUUCUUUUUUCCGAAAGCUGAAGUUUUGCCGGAGUGGAAGCCAAAGCCAAGAUAUCUUAUCAGAGAAGGCAGUGCAAAUUAAUAUGGGAAGAGGAAAGAUAGAGAUAAAGAGGAUAGAGAACACAACCAAUCGUCAAGUGACUUUCUGUAAGAGAAGAAAUGGACUGCUGAAGAAAGCUUAUGAGCUAUCUGUGCUCUGUGAUGCAGAAGUUGCCCUCAUUGUCUUCUCCAGUCGGGGCCGUCUCUACGAGUACGCAAAUAACAAUAUAAGAUCAACCAUAGAGAGGUACAAGAAAGCAUGCUCAGACAGCUCAAAUACAACUUCCAUUACAGAAAUAAACGCGCAGUAUUAUCAACAAGAGUCGGCAAAGCUGAGACAACAAAUACAAAUGCUACAGAAUUCCAACAGGAACUUGAUGGGAGAUUCCUUAAGCUCCCUCACAGUGAAAGAACUAAAGCAGUUGGAGAACAGGCUAGAAAGAGGCAUUACAAGAAUCAGGUCCAAGAAGCAUGAAAUGUUACUUGCAGAAAUUGAAUACUUGCAGAAAAGGGAGAUUGAGCUGGAAAACGAGAAUGUGUGCCUACGAACUAAGAUUACUGAAAUUGAGAGGCUUCAACAAACAAACAUGGUUUCUGGUCAAGAGCUGAAUGCGAUCCAUGCACUGGCUUCUCGAAAUUUCUUUAAUCCAAAUUUAAUUGAGGGUUCAACUGCCUUCUCUCAACCAGACAAGAAGAUACUCCAUCUUGGGUAAGCUUACUAUGGAGAGAAAAAUUGGUAUCAUAAAAAAGCAUUAACUCUAUAAAUAAAUUAGAUGCCAAUGUUGUGGAGUAUGUAUCUUAUUAAUGUUAUGUAUGAGUGUCUCAGUGCACCAUGAGAUGAGACGGUAUAAAAUUCUUGUUACAUGACUUAGGACAUGGAUCUAAACAGAAUAUGAAUAUGGAUUUAAUUGUAUGUUACUAAGCAAAUUGUAUGAAUCCAUAAUAGUACUGCUAGCUAUAUAUUUUAUACAGAUAAUUUUUGAAAAA